AUGGCUACCAACUCUGCUCGUGGCAACCCAUGGGCUGAAGGCCCAACUCCCCCUCCUGCAUCAAGCGAGACCAAGGCCGCCAUCCAGCAAACCACACCGAGUGGCGCAACAGGAACCCACCAGACCGGUCAGGACGCGGGCGCAGCAUCUGCAGCCGGGACUGGCAAGGUCAAAUCUGCAAAGGAGCUCGAGAAGGAGCGCAAGAAGGCCGAGAAGCUCGCCAAGUUCCAACAGAAGGCGGCUGCCAAACAGGCGGCCCCUACCAAUGCCUCCAGCAAGAAGGCUGAGAAGAAGGCCAAGGCAGAGGAGGAAGCCCUGCCGGCGUUUGUCGAGGACACUCCCGUGGGCGAGAAGAAGCGCCUGAAGCCCCUCGACGACCCUUAUUACAAGGCCUACAACCCCGUUGCUGUCGAGAGCGCAUGGUACCAGUGGUGGGAGAAGGAGGGCUUUUUCAAGCCCGAAUUCACCGAGACCGGCGAUGUCAAGCCGGCCGGAGCAUUCACUGUCGUCAUCCCGCCGCCGAACUGCACCGGCAGCCUGCACAUGGGUCACGCGCUCGGCAACAGUCUUGAGGACAUCAUGACGAGGUGGCAGAGAAUGCUGGGAAAGACCACCUUGUUCCUCCCUGGCUGCGACCACGCCGGUAUCGCAACCCAGAGUGUUGUCGAGAAGAUGCUGUGGAGGAGAGAGCAAAAGACCCGCCAUGAUCUUGGCCGAGAAAAGUUUCUCGAGCUCGUCUGGGACUGGAAGCAAGAAUAUCACGACAAGAUCAACAACGCCGAGAGGAAGAUGGGCAUCUCUACGGACUGGUCCAGAGAGGCUUUUACCAUGGACAAGAACUUGUCCGCAGCUGUUGCCGAGAACUUUGUGCGUCUGCACGAGGAAGGCAUUAUUUACAGAGCGAAUCGCCUUGUGAACUGGGACUGCACGUUGACGACUGCGCUGUCCAACCUGGAGGUUGACCAGAAGGAACUUACUGGCAGGACUCUGCUUGAUGUACCGGGAUAUGAAAAGAAAGUUGAGUUCGGUGUUAUUGUCCACUUCAAAUAUCCUAUCCAGGGCUCAGACGAGACAAUCGAGGUGGCGACGACCCGUAUCGAGACCAUGCUUGGAGAUACAGGUAUCGCCGUGAACCCCAAGGACCAGCGAUACACCCACCUCGUUGGCAAAUUCGCCACGCACCCUUUCAUUGAGGGCCGGAAGCUACCUAUUAUUGCCGAUGAUUAUGUCGAUAUGGAGUUCGGAACGGGUGCCGUAAAGUUGACGCCCGGUCACGAUCCCAAUGAUUUCAAGCUUGGCAAGGACCAUAAUCUGGAGUUCAUCAACAUCUUCACUGAUGAUGGUCUGCUCAACGAGAAUGCCGGAUCAUAUGCUGGACAGAGACGUUUCGACGUGCGGUACACGAUCCAAGACGACCUCAAGGCCAAGGGCCUGUAUGUCGACAAGAAGGACAACCCCAUGAAAGUCCCCCUGUCCGAGCGCUCGAAAGACGUCAUUGAGCCUGUCAUGAAACCACAGUGGUGGAUGGCCAUGCGAGAUAUGGCUGAUGAGGCUGUCAAGGUCGUUGACAAUGGAGAGAUCAAGAUUCGGCCAGAGUCUGCGGAAAAGAACUUCCACAGGUGGAUGGAGAGCAUACAAGAUUGGUGCAUCUCGAGACAACUCUGGUGGGGCCACCAAUGCCCUGUCUGGUUUGCUAAAGUUGAGGGUGAGGAGGAGGAUACGUCGAACAACGAGCGAUGGUUCAGUGGAAGAACGCCAGAGGAGGCAGAGGCCAAGGCGAAGAAGGCACUUGCUGGAAAGAUCUUCACCCUGGAGCGCGACCCAGACGUUCUUGACACAUGGUUCAGCAGUGGCCUUUGGCCAUUCUCGACGCUAGGUUGGCCAGACACAGAAGCCGAGGACUUCAAGAAGCUAUACCCAACUUCUAUCCUCGAAACAGGCUGGGAUAUCCUUUUUUUCUGGGUUGCCCGAAUGAUCAUGCUUGGCAAGAAGUUGACUGGAGAUGUCCCGUUCAAGGAGGUUUACUGUCACAGUCUCAUCCGUGACAGCGACGGGCGCAAGAUGAGUAAGAGUCUGGGCAAUGUGAUCGAUCCUUUGGAUGUGAUCAAGGGCAUCCAGCUCGAUGAUCUCCACGCCAAGCUCCUCACGGGCAACCUCGCUCCAGGUGAGGUCAAGAAGGCUACGGCCUACCAAAAGCAGGCGUUCCCUCAAGGUAUCCCAGAAUGCGGUGCCGACGCACUUCGUUUCUGCUUGGCAGCAUACACUACUGGUGGCGGUGACAUCAACUUUGACGUCAAAGUCAUGCACGCCUACCGGAGAUUUGCUAAUAAGAUCUACCAAGCAUCCAAGUAUGUCAUCGGCAAGAUCGAGACUGCCGAAGGCUUUGUACCAGCAAAGACCAGAACACUUCAAGGCAGGGAGUCUCUUUCCGAGCUGUGGAUCCUGAGCAAGAUGAACACCGCUGCCAAGGAGGCCAAUGAAGCUCUCGAGCAGCGCGAGUUCAUGCGGGCUGCCAACACCGUAUACAAUUACAUCUACGGCAACUUGUGCGACGUCUAUAUCGAGAACUCCAAGGCUAUCAUUCAAGAUGGCACCAAGGAAGAAGCCGAAUCCGCCCUGCAGACUCUGUACUCUACCCUUGAGGCCGGCCUCCUGCUCAUUCAUCCCUUCAUGCCAUUCGUCACAGAAGAGCUUUGGCAGCGCCUCCCACGCCGCCCCGACGACAAGACCCGCUCCGUCAUGCUGGCCUCGUAUCCGGUGCACCAGCCCGAACUUGACCAGCCCGCAGCGGAGAAGGCCUACGAGCUUGUCCUCGACAGCUCCAGGGGCAUCCGGUCCCUCGUGGCAGAGUACCUCCUCAAGGAGGACGCACAGAUCUACAUCCAAGCAUCCGACGAUGCCACGUACAAGACCAUCGGGGAGCAGGUCAACUCGAUCCGCUCUCUCUCGGGCAAGGGCAUUGGUGCUAUCAACGUCGCCGGGCCGGCAGACGCUCGCCCGGCCGGCUGCGUCGCCUACCCCAUCGGCGCGUCGGCGACCGUGUUCCUGCACAUCAAGGGCCGCGUGGACCUGGACGCCGAGCUUGACAAGGCGGCCAAGAAGCUGGACAAGACCAAGUCCAUGGCUGACAAGCAGCGCAAGCUGGUCAUGGGCGCUGACUACGUGGCUAAGGUCGCCGUCGCGACCCAGGAGGCUGACCGCAAGAGGUUGGCCGACUUGGACGGUGAGGCCAAGGGCUUCUCGGCUACGAUUGAGGAGCUCAAGCAGCUGAAGCUAGAGUAGAUGCUGCUUGGGCAUGUUGGAACCUCAUACAUUGCAUAGACUUGAUAAUGGCAAAAAUUCUAGGUGUUUUAUGUGUG